UGACGCUGUAAGGUCACGUGACACUUUUGUCAGCUGGGCAGGAGGUUGCAAAGAUGGUGAUCUACAGUGUAUAUUUGGUGAACAAGGCUGGAGGUUUAGUUUACCAAUACGACAAUUAUGUCCCGAGAGCGGAGGCCGAGAAAACAUUUAGCUAUCCUUUAGAUUUAGUGCUCAAGCAUCACGAUGAAAAGGUCGUCGUGUCGUUUGGACAGCGAGACGGAAUCAGAGUGGGCCAUGCAGUGCUGUCCAUCAAUGGAGUUGAUGUGAUGGGCAAGAACACAGCAGAAGGGAAGGACAUCCUUGAGUACUUAAAGGAUGCCUCAAAUUACCCGGUGUCUAUUCGCUUUGGACGGGCUCGCCUGAGCUCCAACGAGAAGCUGAUGCUGGCAUCCAUGUUCCACUCGUUGUUUGCUAUAGGUUCACAGCUGUCCCCUGAAGUUGGCAGUUCAGGGAUUGAGAUGCUAGAAACGGACGUCUUCAAGCUCCAUUGCUUCCAGACUCUCACAGGGAUAAAGUUCAUCGUGCUGGCGGACCCUCGUCAAUCUAGUAUUGAUGCGCUAUUGAGGAAGAUUUAUGAGAUCUAUUCAGAUUUUGCUCUCAAGAAUCCGUUCUAUUCUUUGGAAAUGCCAAUCAGGUGUGAACUCUUUGAUCAGAAUCUGAAAGGUGCACUGGAGAUUGCAGAGAAAGCUGGAAACUUUGGAACUGGAUCUUGAACUAGAGAAGACUAGAGAGUAUGUGCUGUAAUUUCUAACCACAAUAGAUUCACUGACUUCAUGUGACUGUGGUUAAAGUUCAGUUGGUGAGGGGGGAAAAGUGAAUUUUCUUUGUUUCUUUUUCCCGGUUGUUAUCGGACUGGCAAUUAACACAUUGUAAAUACGUCGUGUUUUGUAAAUACUUGAAGAUUAAAUAACAUACUGUACA